CUGUGUGAAUGUGAAAUGCCUCCCUCUGCUGUCGCUAAGCGGUACAGCAGCUGUCGUGCUGUCUUGCAGCAGUGUGGCAUGCGCGCGCACGCUUUGCUUUCCGGCAGUGUGGCACUGCAGGAGGAAGAUGCGGAGGAAGAUGUCUGAAUCUCAUGCCGAGGCGGGAAACGAGAUGCCGAGUAACAAAAAGCAGAAAUUGAGCAGUGAUGAAAACAGCAACCCCGACCUGUCUGGAGACGACAAUGAUGAUGCCGUCAGCGUUGAGAGCGGCACCAACAUGGAGCGGCCCGACACUCCCACAAACACGGCCAAUGCCCCGGGCAGGAAGAGCUGGGGCAAAGGCAAGUGGAAGUCCAAGAAAUGCAAAUAUUCCUUCAAGUGUGUCAACAGUCUGAGGGAGGAUCACGGGCAGCCGUUGUUUGGAGUGCAGUUUAACUGGCACAGUAAGGAGGGCGACCCGCUGGUGUUCGCGACCGUCGGCAGCAACCGAGUCACUUUAUAUGAGUGUCAUUCUCAAGGAGAGAUUCGUCUCCUGCAGUCGUAUGUAGAUGCUGACGCAGACGAAAACUUCUACACUUGCGCUUGGACCUUCGACACGAGCACCAGUCACCCGCUGCUGGCCGUGGCCGGGUCGCGCGGCAUCAUUCGCAUCAUCAACCACAUCACCAUGCAGUGUGUCAAACAUUACGUCGGCCACGGAAAUGCGAUCAACGAGCUCAAAUUUCACCCGAGGGACCCGAACCUUUUGCUGUCGGUCAGUAAAGAUCACGCGCUGCGCCUCUGGAACAUUCAGACGGACACUCUGGUGGCCAUCUUCGGAGGCGUCGAAGGCCAUCGUGACGAGGUCUUGAGCGCGGAUUUUGACCUGCUUGGUGAGAAGAUCAUGUCCUGUGGGAUGGAUCACUCCUUGAAGCUGUGGAGAAUCAACUCUGAGCGGAUGCAGAAAGCCAUACGCGGCUCAUAUGAGUAUAACCCCAGCAAAACCAACCGGCCUUUUGUGUCUCAGAAGAUUCACUUCCCAGACUUUUCCACACGAGACAUUCACAGGAACUAUGUGGACUGCGUCCGCUGGCUUGGCGAUUUGAUUCUUUCAAAGUCAUGCGAAAACGCAAUUGUGUGUUGGAAACCCGGGAAAAUGGAAGACGAUAUCGACCACAUCAAACCGAACGAGUCUAACGUGACCAUCCUGGGCCGCUUCGAUUACAGCCAGUGCGACAUUUGGUACAUGCGCUUCUCCAUGGACUUCUGGCAGAAGAUGUUGGCUCUUGGAAAUCAAGUCGGGAAGCUCUACGUUUGGGACCUGGAAGUGGAAGAUCCUCAUAAAGCGAAGUGCACGACGCUCACCCUCCCUAAAUGCACGUCGGCCAUCAGACAGACCAGUUUCAGCCGGGACAGCAGCAUUCUCAUCGCGGUGUGUGACGACGCGUCGAUCUGGCGCUGGGACCGGCUGCGCUGAAUGGCUCGCGUGUCAUCGAUUGUUGAAAUGAUUGAUCGUCAGGUUCUGUUGUCUUUGCGUUUGUCUUUAUCUUGAGACUUUGCUUUUGUCUUUUGCUUUUUUUCUUUGCCAUUCUCUUGUCUGACUUUAAUAAAAUCUAUUUUCCUAACCCUA